UUGAUAUAUAUAAGAGCGCUAGGCUUGCAAUACAAAACAUUAAUUAAGGAUACUAUUUUAAGUGUUGAAAUAUUUGUUAAAAAAAGCGCCUUACCUUUACGAAAAUGAUGCUGAAACUAUUCGUCAUUGCAGUUUUUGUCCACACAAUAUCAUUUGUCGGUUUUGUCCAAUCAUUUGAUUACAAGGAUGAGAUAGCACAAGGAACAUGUACAUCACUCAUCACGGAACCUGAUCAUAUAUAUGCUGUACGACGAACAUGCUCAUCGAACACACCCACUACUUGCGAUGCAGUGUGCAGUAAUAUAGGGAAAAAGUGUUUCAAUGCCUUACACGUCUACAGUGGGAUAAUUCUGGGAGGUGCAGAAACUGGAAAACAGGGACUUCAUACAUACAAAUACAAUAGUUGUUCAGGGACUAACUGUGGUCCUAACUUCUGCUGUUGCUCAGACAAACCGCACGCAGUUCCAAAUCCCAACGCUUUUAAAGAUUAUAUAGCACAGUCCGCCUGUACCGCUAUUCUACCCGGAUCAAACCACGUGUACGCUGUUAGACGACAAUGUUCAUCCAGCUCAACGGUUGAUUGCAAUGCAGUUUGUAAAGACCUCACGAAAACCUGCUUCAACUCAUUACACGUGUAUGGCGGUGUGCAACUACCAGCCUCGGACACUGGCAAAGUAGGUCUGCAUACCUAUAGGUAUAACAGUUGUGCGUCAUCCGGCUGCGGGCCAAACUUCUGCUGUUGCUCUGGAUAGUGACUUUGAACAGACUUUAUACUUACACAUAUAUUGUGGCAUACUCUUCGGAUGAUAACCAACAAACACGAUAUUCAAAUAUAUAAAGUUUAAUCUGUCCCAAGUUCUUAAACAUAGAUAUUAAAUUUCAUACUUCUAAGUUUAUAUCCAAUUGCCAUAGUCUCCAGUCUCUCUGCUCCUCAAAGCAUCAGUCAAGUACAUUCCUACAUUUGCUCUAACGGAAAUUUUAGUGGAAAAACGUUCUAUUUCGAAUGCCUUAGGAAGUUUCUUUUGCAGUGUUUGGAAUUUCCUUUAACAAAGCCAUAAAACAAACCAUUUUAAGCAGUGUUAUUUAAGUAAUAAAUUUAAACAUCA